AUGAAGGCGCAUUCCCAAAUGAAAGCUAGAGGAUCCUCGAGGGUUCAUGCGCAGCAAGUAGUUUUUGAGCUUAAGCAAAAGGUGGUUCUUGCAUUGAACAAGCUUGCGGAUCGAGAUACUUGUCAAAUUGGUGUUGAUGAGCUUCAGAAAAUGGCGGAAUGUUUAACCCCAGAUGGGGUUGCUCCGUUUCUUUCGUGUAUUUUGGAUACCGAUAAGGAGCAGAAGAGUGCGGUUAGGAAGGAGUGUGUUAGGUUGAUUGGUACUUUGGUGAGUUUUCAUGAGGGUUUUGUGGGACCCCAUUUGAGUAAGAUGGUUGCUAGUGUUGUUAAGAGGCUUAAGGAUCCGGAUUCGGUCGUGAGGGAUGCUUGUGUGGAGACGAUGGGUGUUUUGGCUUCUAAGUUGAGUAAUCAUGGGGAUGAGGGAGAUGGGGUUUUUGUUAUGUUGGUCAAACCGCUUUUUGAAGCUUUGGGUGAACAGAAUAAGCAGGUGCAGUCGGGUUCUGCGUUGUGCUUGGCAAGGGUCAUUGAUAAUUCUCAUGAUCCUCCAGUUUCUAUUCUGCAGCGAAUGUUGGCUCGGACGAUGAAGUUGCUCAAGAAUCCACAUUUCAUGGCAAAACCAGCAGUAAUUGAGUUGAACAGAAGUAUCAUUCAGGCUGGAGGUGCUCCAUCUCAAAAUAUUCUAUCUGCUGCAAUGGCUAGUUUCCAAGAAGCUCUCAAAAAUAGUGAUUGGACAACACGGAAAGCAGCUUCUGUAGCACUGGGAGAAAUUGCUUCAAGUGGUGCAUCCUGCUUUGGAACUUUCAGGGCUUCCUGCAUCCGAUCUCUUGAAUCAUGCCGAUUUGACAAGGUGAAACCAGUUAGGGACACAGUACAGCAUGCACUUCAGUACUGGAAAAGUCUUCCAGGGUCUGAUACCCCUGAACCUUCUGAAACUGGAUCUUCUAUAAAAGAAAACUUUUAUGGAGGUGACUACAGUGAUGUCACAAGUGCCAGUGAUGUUGUGCGGAAGGAUGCCACACUGAGUAGAGUAGUUUCAGACUCGAAUAAAAGAAGGAUUCCUUUGUCAGCUACGAAAUUAUGUCAAAAUUAUGUGGACUCUCAUCAUCCCAAAGCAGAGGAUUGGCAUAUUGAAAUUGCUGUCCCAAAAAAGAAUAACAUUUCUUUGGCAGAUCUUCAAAAUGAGGAAUCAGAGGGUAGUUCCAUUACCAAAACUGUAGAAAGGAUGAGUGCCGGUGUACUGAGUCCUCCGGAUGUUAGAUGUGAAUAUUUGCCAAUGGAUGACAAGCAAGACUCUUCAUCUGUGUCCAACAUAGUUGCUGACAACUUCGAGACCAAGUUUGUCACAGUUUCUCAUGGCUUGCUUGAGAAUGGCAGUUCAUUCAAGUCAAGGGGUCGGAAUCAGCAGUUUGCAUCUGAAGGGAUAAACAGUGAGGAACAAAUAUACUCUGCACAGAUGCGAGAUCGUAGGAGUCUUGACUCUACAGUUACAGAGAACAGUUUCCAAACAUUGCAUGGAUGUUGUUCCCAGGUAGCCAGUGAAAUGGCUUGCAUUCGGAAGCAACUUUUGGAGCUGGAAAACAAGCAGUCGAAUUUAAUGGAGCUGCUACAGGUGUUUUCAACAGGUGUGAUGGAUAACUUGUCUAUAUUACAGUCUAAAGUGUCUGGUUUAGAACAUGAAGUAGAUAGAAUAACUCAAGUUCUCAUGCAAGAAGCGAGACGUUCUGAUUCAGCUAUCUCUAGGCUUAUGAAGCAGAAUCAAAGUGUUUCUUCUCCCAGACUUUCAACAUACACUCCUAGGCCAUCUGUAGAUAUUCGCAAUAGACAACCUUCUUUGCUUUCUACAAAGAAUUCUGAUAUAUGGGAGGAAAAAACAUUCAGCAGAAGCAGACCAAUUAACUCUGCUAAACAUGGGACAGAGAUGUGGACUAAUCCCUCUGUAAAGACUAGUAGGAAUGCUAUAGGAAAGGACAUGCUGAAACGCUCUGGGCAGGGGGCACAAAGCAUGGGUCAGACACGAAAAGUUGAAUCUGUCUUUGCUUCAAUCUCAAGUCCCAAUUCUAGACAAAGCGGUCCAGAGAGCAAAAAUUGCACAUGGCAAUGUGUGAGAGGUUUCCUAUGUGAAGGCGACCUGGAGUCUGCUUAUGAGGAAGCUCUUUGUUCUGGUGAUGAACUUGUUCUGAUUGAGCUUAUUGAUAGGACUGGUCCUGUACUGGACAGUUUGUCUCCCAAGACUGCUGGUGAUGUUCUUAGCACUUUGGCUUCGUACUUUUUGGAGCAUCAGUUUACGAACUCAAUUAUCCCUUGGUUGCAGCAGGUGGUAGACUUGAGUGCAAUCAAUGGACCUGAUUAUCUUGUUCUCUCUGCAAAAACAAGAAGAGAAUUCUUUUGUGCGAUCCAGGAGGCUGUAAAUAUGGAAUUUUCCAAUCCAGCUGAGAGAAGAUCUAUCUCUCAACUUGCCAUGAAGUUGCGUCAACUAUGGGCACUUCUCACUUGUGGUGACCAAAAUGGUAUAGCACCUGCAAUGGAAGAGUUCCUGAUAGUUUUAGCCCCAUCUGAAGCAUGGUUUCCAAUCCAUUUGCUGCUUGGACGUUGGGAUUCAUCCAGAUUUGAUGCUGGUUGUUGCACUGCGAUGUUUUCUCGUAUGAGUAGUUUGCUAGUUGUUAAUGCUCUUGACUGCUGUUCUAAAAACAGAAAGAAGCAGGGAUUGUAG